AUGGCCACCAACUCGCGGAAGAAGCCCGAGUCCUUUGAAGAGUUUGUUCGAGCAGGGGCCCAAUUCUCCAAACGGCGUGAUUUUAAGCGUGCACUGCAGUGCUUCUCCAAAGCUCUCAAGCUCACGACAGGCGUGGAUUUGCAAAAGGUCUCGGCCGUUCACGUUGAGGCGGGUUCCUGUUGUUAUAUGCUGCGGCAAUAUGAGAAGGCGUUGUAUCACUACAAACGCCAGCUGGCUGCAGCCAAGCAGUCGGGCCGAGGCGCCGACCAGGCCCAUGCCUACGCCAACAUUGGUGUUGCGCUGCAAGCGCUGGACCUCUACGACAAAGCUUUAGAAUGCUUCAAAAAGCAGCACGCGUUAGCUCAACGCGAGGGCGACGCUUUCUUACAAGCUCAAGCCUUGGACUCGAUAGGAGCUUGUAUCGAUGUGUCGUCGCCUCAUCAUGUGUUUCCGGUGGUUUGGCAGGAAGAGGAUGUCGUGGCCCAAGCUGGCUACAUGUCCCGCUUGGGCGUGUGCCAUCGAGAGCAAGGUCGUUACACGGAGGCCAUUGCUCUGUUUGAGAGCGUAUUGGCUCUACACGAGGCGCGCGGCGACCGUCGUGGCCAAGCUCAGGCUCAUCGUCAUCUAGGUUCCGUAUAUGAGGCUUUUGCUGAUUUUGAGAAGAGCGCCCAGCAUUUCGAAUCUUACAUCACGCUGAUGCGGGACCUGGGUGACACGGCCAUGCUAUUCACGGGCUACGAUCGCUUGGGCACCAUCUACGAGCGUCUGUCAGACCGCCGACAGGCGGCUGAAAACUACAAAGCAGCCAUGUCCCUGGCGAUGGAGGCCGGCAAUCAGGUCUACAAGGCUGCGGCUCGGCGACAUCUUCAUCGUGCAACCGAUCAAACAAGUUCGGCAGCUGCAGCCCCGGCGGAGGAGGGUGACCCGGGCAAGCGGCGCAUGACCGUCACGUUGCGUGCCAAGAAAGGCAUGACCAAGCUCUUCCGCAACAGUUUCCGUCGUAGCCAAGCCAUUGACUCGGACGUUUGGUUGAGCGAAAUGGAGCGUGGACACGGCGGCCUAGCCACUGCUAGCUUAGAUGACGUUGGAGACAUGGUUUUGGAAGAAGAGCCUGACGCGCGGUCGCGGCGGGCCACAUCGUCCGGCACCAAUGCACGUGGCACCGGCCUCGACAAGUCUAGCGAACGCCGUAAUACCGUCUCGGCCUUGCAAGCAGAUGGGACCUCCUCGCCAGUGGUACACGGGUCCAAAAAGGAAAAGUCCGGUCUGCGUGGCGUCCUUAAACUCGGCAGCAAGCGUUACAAUCAAGAAGCAGAGUCUUCAGCCGAUGAGGGCAGUGCAAACGGCGGCAGUCUGUUGGUGACGACAGACAUUGAUGCACUCGACUUGGAUGGCGAACCCGCCCCGAGCAGUGGGGCCACAGGUAGUGAGUGGGCCCCUGUACUCGCUGCUCCGUCCCAGUUUGCGGCGGUUGAUGAGCCUGUGGAACUGGAAAGCGUCAGUGUUACAACUUCCGAAGCGGCGUCCUUGGGUGACUCUGUGGAGACUAGCCUGUCGUAUAUUUCUGUUGAUGCAAACACAGGGGCCUCCAAGUCGGCACCGAGGACGCCGCCUUUGGCGCGUGCGGCUGGUCACCGAUCAACCAGUUUCGCGGCAGCAGGCCCGCGUGGUGCAGCACCCAUGGCGGGCCCCGUGGGCACGGCCGGUCCACCCACACGCUCGUCACACACGCUUCAAUUCAACGCCAUCCGACUCGAGCCGAACCUGGCGCCUGAAACAUCCACCAAGCCAGUCGAGACUUCUCUUGUGCGCAGUGCACCACCUCCGGUUGCUCCCAAACCAACCCUCCAUGCUCCUGCAGGCCAGGCCCUCGCCACUCCUGAUUCACCAAGCACCAAGCGUGCGUGGAUAGGUGCCGAUCAACGCUGGGUAGCCAAGUACACACACAAAUCAAAAGAGGCGGACAAUCUGAGCUUUAAGAAAGGUGACGUGCUGGUCAACCUCAAGGCUGUGAGCGACGAUUGGUUCUUUGGCAAGAACGUGCGCACCACGCAAUCAGGACUCAUUCCCGCAAACUACAUUGAGGAAGAGGUCACCGACGACACGGCCGAAGCUUAG